AUUGGUUCCAAAGUUCAAAGGAACACUUUCAGACGUUAAGAGGGGAGCUCUUUGGAGUGAAAGAAGCGACAAGGACGCACACAUUUAAGGUCGUAGUAACUUCAUGAUUAAAACUACUGGAAAGAGAUGCCAAUAGCGUUUUGACAGAACAUUUCUCUGAUAGGGCAACGGACAGAAAAACUAACUUUAUGGAUUCAGUUAAAACGAGUGAGAGUGCUGCCACUAGUCCAAAGGGAGCUGGAGUCUUUGCUAAACGGGUUCAGCGAAAACUAAGCAGAGCUCAAGAGAAGGUCUUACAGAAGUUUGGCAAGACUGACGAGACCAAAGAUGAAGAAUUUUCAUUUUACGUUCAAGAUCUAAAUGACCAGCAGAAUGAUGGAAGUAGGAUAUACAAAGACCUCAAGGCCUAUUACAAUGCUGUCAAAGUCAUGAGAGAGGCCUCCAAACGGCUCUCCCACUCUCUCUUUGAUGCUUUUGAAUCUGACUGGAAUGGACUGGACGAUCUGGGAGUCAUUGUGGAGGGAGAAGAUCUUUUAUGGAAUGACUACGAAGCAAAAAUCUUAGACCAAGCUGUGCACACCAUGGACUCCUACAUGAGACAGUUUCCAGAUGUCAAGGAGAAAGUGGCCAAACGCAACAGGAAGCUAGUGGACUAUGAUUCAUCACGCCGCCACCUAGAGGCGCUGCAGAAUGCCAAAAAGCAAGAUGAUGUCAAGACAGCCAAGGCUGAAGAAGAGUUGCAGACAACCAAGGAUAUCUAUGAGGAUCUCAACCAGGAACUUAAAGAAGAGCUGCCUGUCCUUUUUGGGAGUCGCAUCGGAUGCUAUGUGACAGUGUUUCAAGCCAUUUCCAACCUGAGGGACAUCUUGUAUAAAGAACUGAGCACGAUGAACCAUGAUUUUCAAGAUGUUCUCACUGAUGUGAAAGCUCAGCAUCCAGACAAAGUGUUUGUUAUCAACAACCUCCAGCGCACUGCAUCACUGAAGAGGAGAUCACUGAUUUCACCAAGGGCAUGGAGGGCCAGCUUCUCAGAGCUCCACUCAAACAUCAGUCCUAGAGGCUCCCUUCGGAGGAAAAAUCCAACUAGCCCACUGAGGAGUGUACAGAGACCUUCACUGGAAGUGUACAGUGAAACAGAACCCCAGCCUACUCCAGACCCACAAGUGGAGACCAUCACUGAAGUGAGGGACGUCGAGGUGAGCUCAACCUGCUCUGAGCAGCCACCGGCAGAGGAGUUAAACGAGGCAUCUGGUGGCGGUGAGGGGGGUGAAAAGGUGGAAAAAGAAGAGGAGAAACCACAAGAAGACAAACAAGGUGAGCCAGAUCUGACUUUGGAGUCUGCUGAUCCAGGUAAAGGGGGAACUGGAGAGAGCCCAGUGCCGGCAGACAACAACCCAGCUGAGGCAAAAGCAGAAGAAGAAGCACUGAUGAACAACCCUGACAGCAGCGAGAUACUGGAGAAUGGAGAGGCAUCUGACAGUCAGAAUGCUGGGGUCAACUGCUCAUCCUCACAUGGCAAAGGGGCAGCAGCAGCUGAGGAAUCUGGUCUUGACAGGGAGACAGUGAUGUGAAACCUAAUACUGUAUACAGGAAAGGAACAUUCCAUGGAAGGGUCAGAAGAUCAUAACAGAACCUUCCAUCAAGACAUGGGAUGGCUGGAAUGCAGUUUGCCCAGAUAAACACAGCCAUAUCUAUGCUUUUGUCUCACAGAUAAUUUAAAAGAAAAGAGAACACAGUUGCUGUUUUAAAAUGGAUUGGUAUUGCCUGAUUCUUGAUUUAUUCCUUAUAUAAUUAAUCUGAAUAUUUUGGCUCAACGUGUUCAGCUUACCAAUUUAUAUAGUCCAGAUAUAGAGAAAUCCUGCAGUCCUAUUGUUUUUAUGUGCAAUCAUUGAAAGGCAUAAACUGUAACUUUUGCUUUUAAAGCCUUAUUUAGAAAAGAGACUACAUUAAAAUCAGCAAAUUCCAUGGUCUUGAAAGCAACAGUUUUACAGUUUUUUUUUUUUUUUAAAGUAAGGAAAAUAAAUUAACAAUACAAAACA